CAAACAUGGCGUCUUCGUCGCUGCCGGAGGAGCUCGUCGAGGAGAUCCUGGUGCGCCUUCCUCAAGACGAUCCUGUGCACCUGGUCCGCGCCAGCCUCGUCUGUAAGUCGUGGCGCCGCGUCCUCUCCGACCAGGACUGCUUCCUGCGCCGCUGCCGCGGAUUCCACGGAGCGGCGCCGCCGCUGCUCGGCUACUUCGCCAUCAACCGCUGCUACGGCAACGACGCCACGCAGUUCGUCCCCGCGACCUCCACCGCCUCGCCCGUCCGCGUGCCCGCGGUGGACCACAGACGACGCUGGUUCCUCCCCGUGGACUGCCGUCACGGCCGCGUGCUGAUCCACUACGAGGACAGGGACAGGUCGACCAAGAGGGGGUUCGUCGUCUGGGACCCCCUCACCGGCAGCCGGCAGCACCUGGGCAUGCCCAGCGCUAGCUACCCGUCCCACUCGUGCCGCUACACCUCCUACACCGGGGCCGUGGUGUGUGCCAAGGCCGGCUGCGACGACGACCACCUCGACUGCCAGGCCGGUCCGUUCCGCGUGGUCUGCGUAGAGACCAACCUCCUGAAGCCUGUAUUCGCGUGCGCGACCAGCUACUCGUCAGUGACCGGCGCGUGGAGUGCUCCCGUGCCCAACCAUGACAGCCACGACUUCAACUACUACUGCUUGAGAAGCUAUGGCAAGCAGAGCCUUCUUGUCGGCGAUGCCGUCUACUUCCUCUUCCAGGAUGACCAAAGCAUCCUCAGGUACGACCUGGGUAGGCACCGGUUGUCUGAGAUCGGCAUGCCGCCAGCUAUGUGCAACACAGCUCUCAUGAAGACGGAGGGCGGGGGGCUAGGGCUUGCCGCCCUACCCAACAAUAAUCGCAUCCAUAUAUGGUCACGACAUGAUGAGGAUGGAUGCUGGGUGGAGCACAGGGUUGUCGAGCUUGAGACGUUGCUGCCAAGACGCAUGCGAAACAGGUACCAUCGAGUGGUUGGCUCCGCCGAGGGCACAAACACUGUCUUCGUUAACGUAUGUAAUACAAUCUUCAUGCUCGACGUCAAGUCAAACAAGGUGAGAAAGUUUAGCAAAAGAAAGAGCGGACAGUUCGAGUACAUCUUACCUUACCUGAGAUUCUACGCCCCAAGCUAAGAUCUUCCUAAGGUUUUGUUCAACCCCAUGUGGAUCGAAGGAGAUUGAGGGGAUUAAAUCCCUUUCUAUUAAAUUUUAAUUAGCAAGGGAUCUAAUCUUCUCUAAUUAGCUUCAAUCCACUUCUAUCAGAACAUGCCCUAAAUUAAGGGUGAACUGCCACCGCGAGGAAGAUGCAAUGGUCCAUGAUCCUGCUGUUGUAGGAUGCUUGAGCACGAAAUAAAAGGAUAGGUUUUAUGGCCAAUGGAUAUGUUCAGUUUUAGUUGUGGUUCCAGGAAAUAAAUUAAAUAAAGUGUUUGUUGAUGUAGAGAUGAUUUUAUUUUGUCUUUUGUGUUCAGCUAUAUAUGCAGCAGUUCUUGUGUAACCAAUGACCAGUAUUUAUGGU